UUCAGUUGUUAUUUAAUAGCAAGUGAAUUCAAAAUAAAAUGAAAUUAACCCUACCUGUACUGACCAUUGUGGCAGUUAUUUUCUGUGUCACUUUUGACGGCAGUAAUCAAGCAGAAACGUUUUUGGGAGGCAAUGAUAUAUGCAGGUUGUUGGCUGAUGGUGCCAAACUACGUAAGCCAGGCUACUGCGACACUGGCAUAGAAUGUCAAAAUGGCACUAGUGUUGAUGUGAUCACUUGUAGUGGAACAACACCUUAUUAUGAUCGCCAAACUGCCGCCUGUGCCAAGUCAACAUCUGACUCAUAUUGCAGUGCACCCUGUAAGCUAACCUCUUCAACUUAUGUAGUUGAUCCGAAAAAUUGUCAAGGUUGGUACCAAUGCAGUGGUACUAAGGUUGUAAAGCAGGGUUAUUGUCCCGAUGGUAUGGUUUUGGAUCAAAAAAAUCAACAAUGUGACUAUGCUGACCAAGUGUCAUGUACAGCUGAAUAUGAAUUUUGCGACCUUAUUCCAUCAAAUACUCCAUUCAGAGAUGAAGACAGUUGUAACGAAUAUUUUACUUGUCCCACAAAAGGCACAGAAACAACGUCCGUCACAUGCGAUGAUGGUACAUAUUAUGUCGCUGAAUUAGCUGAUUGCAUACCUAAAGCCCAAGUAGAUUGUGCACAACAUCCUUAUCCAAAUCAAGUUUGUGGGAAUUCUAAAAUUGCUUUGCGUAAUCGUUUUGUUAGUGAUGGUGCUACUUGUCGUGGUUAUUUCUAUUGUCAAGAUCUUGGAGUCGGAGUACCAGAUGAGAAUCCGAUAUGGGGACAAUGCCCUGAAAAUUUAUUUUUUGAACCAAACGAAGAAGCUUGUAUGGCUCGUACUUACAUCAAAUGUGAAGAAGAUCGAUGUGAUGGACGUGGGAAUGGACUUGCACUCAGCGAAACAUAUGGUUGUCAGUACUAUUUGCAAUGUCAAAACAAUUAUACAUUAUCUGAAGAAUAUUGUGGAGCUAAAUUAUAUUUCAACGAAGAUACUCAAUCCUGCACAUCUGUGAAUAUGAAAUACCCAGUCUGCAUGUAAACGUAUGAAUAUGAGAAAUCAUGUUUUAAAUUUGCAUAAAAAAUAUUAAAAAUUAGAGAACAGUACUUGAGGUUUAUUAAUUUCAUUUAUAAUUAAUUAUUUUGCAACAAAUGUUUUAAUAUUCUCUUUACUAAAUUUAUAUUAUCAACAUGGAGUGUAAAUAUUUCACCUGUGAUAUUAUCAU